CUCACUCUGAUUUGUAAUGUCGAUUGGGUUGAAUGUGUCCGCGUUCCGCAGCUGCCAGUAGUAGGCUUAGGAAAGAAAAGCUGAUAUAGUAAAAAUCGCUUCUUCUUGGUUGCUUUCUGCUGCGCUGCAUUGCCAAAGUAGCCAUAGUCGUUGGUCCUGCCAUUAUCGUCAAGGUAGCCAGCCGAGUGAGUCCAACCAAUGAAUGCUGAUUCGAGCGUGAAACUGAAGCAACAGCAGGUCGUUCUUAUUAUUUUUGGACCGUGAAAAAAGAAAAAAAAGUGUAAUACGGGUAAACAGUGUAUACGAAUUGGCUCGUUUUGUAGUGUUUUUGUGAGUUACUAGAGAAGCGACCACUUCGUUAUCCCAUCACCAUCAUCAUGGCGGACGACGAUAACACUCUGGACGAGAUUCCAGAGGGUGAGAACAAAUUCGCCAUGCGUAACCGUGGACGGAAGGGUGCACUCAAGAAGAAAAACGUCUAUAAUGUCAAAGAUCAUCGCUUCAUUCCGCGAUUCUUCAAGCAGCCUACGUUCUGUUCUCACUGCAAGGAUUUCAUCUGGGGAUUCGGCAAGCAAGGUUUCCAAUGUCAAGUUUGCUCAUUUGUCGUCCACAAACGAUGCCACGAGUACGUGACCUUCAAGUGUCCGGGAGCCGAUAAGGGAGCAGACUCAGAUGAUACUCGUACCAAACACGAGUUCAAAGAGUGCACCUAUUCGAGUCCCACGUUUUGCGACCAUUGUGGCUCAUUAUUGUAUGGUUUAAUCCACCAAGGGCUUAAGUGUUCAGCAUGUGAUAUGAACGUACACAAACGGUGCGAGGAGAGCGUUCCGAAUCUAUGCGGAUGUGACCACACCGAGCGAAGAGGACGUAUCCAGCUAGCCAUUACACACCAGGCCAACAAGCUCAACAUUGAAGUGAAACAGGGUCGCAACCUGAUCCCAAUGGACCCGAACGGUUCGAGUGACCCGUAUGUAAAAAUCAAGCUCAUUCCAGAUUCGGACAAUGUCAAGAAGAAAACGAAAACCAUUCGGGCAUCGCUAAAUCCGGUGUGGAAUGAGACACUUGUUUUUGAGCUUAAACCGGAAGACAAGGAUAGACGCAUACUGAUCGAGGUUUGGGAUUGGGAUAGGACCUCACGAAAUGAUUUCAUGGGUUCGUUGUCGUUCGGAAUAUCGGAGAUUCUGAAGAAUCCGGUCGAUGGUUGGUUCAAACUGCUUACUCAGGAAGAGGGUGACUUCUACAACGUACCGGUGCCAGAAGAGGGUGCCGAUCUGGUGCAACUCAAGAGUCAGAUGAGAAAAACAUCCAUUUCGAAAAAGAUACCUGUAAUCGGUGAUAAGGAUGUUCCUCAUAACAUGGGCAAAAAGGAUGUGAUACGAGCUACGGAUUUCAACUUCCUAAUGGUUCUUGGUAAAGGUUCAUUUGGAAAAGUGUUGUUAGCAGAGCGGAAGGGAACCGAUGAGCUUUAUGCGAUUAAAAUUUUGAAAAAGGAUAUCAUCAUCCAGGACGACGAUGUUGAGUGCACCAUGGUGGAGAAGCGGGUACUUGCUUUAUCUCAUAAACCACCCUUCCUGGUGCAGCUGCAUUCCUGUUUUCAAACUAUGGAUCGAUUGUAUUUCGUGAUGGAGUACGUCAACGGAGGUGAUCUCAUGUUUCAAAUUCAACAAUGUGGCAAAUUCAAGGAACCGGUUGCAGUUUUCUACGCCUCGGAAAUCGCCAUCGGGUUAUUUUAUCUGCACGUACGGGGCAUCGUGUACCGUGAUCUGAAGCUCGAUAACGUACUGCUGGAUCAGGACGGACAUAUCAAGAUUGCUGAUUUCGGUAUGUGCAAAGAGGGCAUCACCGGGGACAAAACUACCAAGACGUUCUGCGGCACACCGGAUUACAUCGCCCCGGAGAUUAUUUUGUACCAACCGUACGGAAAAUCGGUCGAUUGGUGGGCUUACGGGGUACUUCUUUACGAGAUGCUGGUCGGUCAACCGCCGUUCGAUGGGGAAGAUGAGGAGGAACUGUUUGCAGCCAUCACCGACCAUAACGUGUCAUAUCCGAAAAGUCUAAGCAAAGAAGCCAAAGAUGUUUGUAAGGGGCUUCUAACCAAGAAUCCACAAAAACGUCUUGGCUGUGGAAUGCGAGGUGAAGAGGAUGUCAGAGCUCAUGCUUUCUUCCGUCGUAUCGAUUGGGAAAAGAUUGAAAACCGUGAAGUUCAACCACCUUUCAAACCAAAAAUUAAACACCGUAAGGAUGUAUCCAACUUUGAUCGUCAGUUCACCUCGGAGAAGACAGACCUAACACCAACCGAUAAGUUAUUCAUGAUGAAUCUCGACCAAACGGAGUUCAACGGGUUCUCAUAUCUCAAUCCGGAAUUUGUGCAAUACAUCUAAGGAAUUCGUGCGUUGAUAUGAGAUGAUUACGGAAGGCAUAAUAACUUAGGAACCUACAUUUUAUCGGAGGUCUCUCCCGUGGACUGGGACCGUAAACUUGAUAACCCCAGGAAUUUAAUAUAUUCUGCUCAAUUUCAGUGUCGCGCAAGGUAGCGGAAUGUUUUGCAAUCCCAAAGAUAUAAUAAAAUCCCAUUUUAACGUGUAAGAAAUGUUCGCGAUUGUACUCCGUAGAAUACGUGUAAAAGUCAUACUAGCGUUCCAAAGUUUUUCUGAACCAGUUUCCGUCUUCCUCCCGAGAGAACUUAAUCAAAAUCGACACCAAAACUUCUAACGUUUUACAAGCUUCGCGGCAGCUUGAUCGCGAGUAGUAUUUUCCUUCCAUCGAUUCUCCAUUUGCGAACGGGCACCGGUAGUGUCCCUGCAGUGCAAAGAUUUGAAAUCCAGGCCAAAUAAUUUCUAAUAAUACUGUUAAUCCUGCUAAAAUGUAGCACCUUGUUAUCUACUAUACACAAACAGACACCCCUUUUAUAAUUAAAAAUGCGAAUACAAUGUGAAUACUUUUUGGAAUCUUAUAGUAUACAAGAUGGAUAAAAAAAAACAUAUUUUAUUUAAAUCUUAAAUGUUUGAAUACAUAUGUAUAAGAAGAACACAUGUUUCAGUAGUGGAAACCACCCGACAGUAACGAACUACAAUCGAACAAUCGUCAAAACGGAGAAAAUAUUUUCCUUCGGAAGUAACAAUACACGAACUUUCAGUUGUACAAUCGAAAAAAAGUAAAAAUGCAAAAUUGCUGCGCCUACUGUGUCGCUUUUUCAGAUUCCAGCACGCUGUUUUUUGCCUUUUUUUGGUAUAAAAAUCAAUCAUCUGACUCCGACCAUGAAGCAAAUAAUCCUAGAGAGUCCAGUAAUCUAAUUGAGCAAUCGUUCAUACCGAAAGCGCCGUGUGGUGAAAAUGGGUGCAAAAAUCAACCUGAAAUGGAUACAUAAAGUUGCCUGCGCAUUUCACACAACCACUAUAGAUAUUGGGCAAUUACUCAUUUCUCACUAUUGCCAUAAAUUGAGUAAACCUAGAUUUCCCACUGUACGGUGACACUGACAGCGCUUCAAGUGAGAAAUGGGUGUACUUUUUUCCAUUAGCUACUGUGGUUGUGUUAAAUGCGCAGGCAACUUUGUAUAUACAUUUUGGGGAGCAUUUACGUAUCCAUUCUACAUUCUACAUUUUGGUGUCACGGGUUGCUCAACUACAGUACUAUUAUACUGGGGAAUUUAGGUUUAUUUUAUUUAUGCUAUUGCGCUGUCCGUGUCUCCGUACAGUAAGAAAUCAAGCCUUACUUGAUUUAUGCUUCCACGCUGCAUUAAAUUGAAUAUAGAAAGCAGCACUACAAGCAUAAUAAAAAAUCCGCAGUGGACAGUUUUCGAUUAGUACUUCCAUUCUUCAGUAGCAAUAAUUAUGAUAAUUAAGCAAAAUCAUCCCGACUGUGUAUGACUCUUGUAGGCCGGCAGAGGGGAAAAGCAUGUAGAAAACAUAAACAGUAAAGAAAUGAAACAACAAAAUGGAGCUUUAAUCUUGCACUUUAUAUUAUAUAUAAAUAAUAUGGAAACAGUAUAUUAUUCUUUUACUUAAUAACAUACAUCUAAACGAGUAAAAAAUAUGGAUAUAAUAAAAUCAUAAUUGUGAUAAUAGAGGAAAUUGAUCAUUUCAAAAAUUCAAAGAGACACGGUAACACCUCUCAACCGUGAGAUUCUUGCGUACGCAGCCUCCGGAACCGGAGUUUUACAUACUCAAGCAUUGGCGCAUGCAAAGAGAAUAAGUGUUGACCUUUUAGUAGUGAAUCUGACGAAUAACAAGCGAACAAGUGUCGCAAAAUGGACAAGAGAGAAAAACCAUAGUAUUGAAUCUAGUAUUUCUAUUUAUUAUCAAAACAAAAAUAUGUAUGUCGUAGCUAACAGAAAAAGAUACAGAAAACGAUAAAAAAAGGAUCUUAGGAUAUUUACUGAUAUAAACCCACAAUAAACGAAAAACGAUGGAGAAGAAGUGGACAGACACUAUAUUGAACUAUGAAAAAAUAUGAAGACAAACUGAUGCAAAUCUCACUAUAAUUUUGACAAUCUGAAUGUAGUUAAACUAUAUGAAAGAAUAGCCCUUAGUAGUGGAAUCGAUUUGAGAAACCGAGGAGAAAGUAUCUUUAGUAUAAACAACUAAAACUGAAAACAAAGAAAAAAAAAUGCAUUCCAAUUCUCGGUGGAGAAUCUGUAGAACACAUCCACAGUUAUAAAAGAAAACGAUAGGAAUAAUCACCUUACAGAUAUUUAUUGAUCACAGAUGAAAAAGAGCAAUUGCGUGAGAUUAUUUACUCUUAGUUUGCUUGAACCAAUUGCGUUAUAUUGUUUGUGAAACAAAGAGUAAAAUCAACUGAUAGUCACUAAUGUUAAACAGAUAUCCGUUCGACUAGUUUUAUGAAUGUUGUUGAAUUUGAAAUCGCAUUAUCUAUAUAUUUCUAAAGCGUUCUUGCCUACAUUGGAAACAUUAAACAAACUACAGUUUAAACAAAGAAAACUACUAAACAAGAUGCUAGAGUUAAAUUAAAUCGAAUUAUAAGUAGUUAAACCCCCGUUGAAGAACUUGGGACUUUGAGCGGAUGUCGUUGGAACGUUGCCACUGUUGGACCGAGAUAAUCUUGACCAUCAACGAAAUCCCACCUUACGAAGGAGUAUUAUUGUUAUACAAAAAAAGUAGGCAACCCAACAGUCAAACAUAUAUAGAACAACAAAACAAAAUACAUGUCUGUCUCAAUCAAACACCAACACACGAAGUUUAGAUGUGCAAUUAGUUCUACAAUCCUUCGCUAUAGAAUAUGCUUUUCUUUCCGAUCCAAGUAGACUGGUUGACGCGACACGGGCAUCCAUUGUUCAGUUACCAAACUAAUAUAAAUGCUACCAAGAAAUCGCUCGGAAAUGGCACUCGCCUGCAGUGCGAUAGUCCAUUCUCAUCCUAAACAUAUGUCACUAGGGAAAAAUAUGUACAAUCGCAGCAGGCAACGGUUCGAUCGCAGUCAACCAACAACUAUAAACUGACAAGAGAGAGAAAGAGAGAGAACAAACAAAUAAGUAAGCCCAACUAAAUGAACCUGAAAAUAAAUGCUGAAUAAGUGAGAAAUAAAAAAGAGUUUACAAAUGAAUACUUAUAAAUAUUUAAAAAAAAAAAGCAAAAUGUGUAAGGAAAUUUCUAUUUCACCACUGCCUUAAUUUUUAAAUCUGUAACAAUUUGUGAGAAUCGCGAAAUCACACUCAUAAACAAACACUCACACAUGUAUAAUAGAGAAGUUCAAAUUAAGCGUGAGAUAAAAAGUGAAACUACUAGAAGCGCGAAGUUCUGUAACCCUCUUAUGCACAGAGUUGAUGUUCACUGGCGUAUCUGGCGAAACGAUGAUGAUGAUGAUCAGCUUAACUCUGUCGCUGAAGGACGAGGCAAGACGUACAAAUUCACCAUUUGACGUGCAUGCAUGUUUCUGGAUUCCGAAACCCAUCAAGUGAAAAGAUACGACAAGCUAACCGAAAUUUUAGCUAAACUUUUACAAAUCAUCUCAUUGACUUUAACCUUAAAGAGAUUGUUAUCAUGCGAAAAAAAAAAUAACAAAACUACCAAAAGACACUUUAAAAGAUUCAAGCAUUUAUAUUUCAGUGUUUCUUUUUUCACGUCUCUAAUUGUAAAUCGAUUCGACAUUGAUUGCAUUAUUCAAACAAAACAACCAUUAAUUAUAGUCACAGACAUAAGAAACCUACUCAAGAGUUUAAAAAAGGCAAAACAACAAAAAAAAACAAAAAUGCAACUCCACACCAACACUACAUUCGAAUACUUACAGAAAAGCAUUUAGCGUUUCGAUGAGGACUAUUUCAAGGUGAACAAACAGUGGUUUAAUAUUUUGAUUAGUAGAAACUUUAAACAACAGUAGUAAACUUUUAAACAACAUAACAGAAAUACACUUUCGGACGAACUGAAUCAAAGUAAAAAAUAGUCUGCUUCAAAUAAAAACGUAUGAUUAAAGCAUGAACACAGAUUAACAUCAACCAGCAGCAAAUUGAAAAGCAAACGACAGCUAGAAUGGGUCUACUACUGCUCGAUUGGUCCUACGCAAAAGAUACAAGCAAAAGAAAGUCACCAUUCUACUUUCUUCUUAUAGCGAGCGAAAGGGCAAAAAGAAAAUCCUGGUUAAGCGAUGAAAUACUGCAAACAAAAAUACAAGUACUGUUCUUUUAUCUGUAGAAAACAAA